CAGGAGCGGCACAGCCGUGUGCGGGCGCAGAGCGCCCAGAUCCCGAAGUGGCUGGAGGCCCUGCCGCCCAGGGGGCAGGCUGCCGUGCUGGCUGCCCACGCGGCCGGGCCAGCACCAAAGAGGUCUCUGAGCAAGAAGAUCAUGGACUCUUACCCACAGAACCAGGGCCGCCCGGCCCGGAAGAGCGAGCGCCUGGAGGACCCGUCGCCAGCCCAGAACAGCAGCGCGUCGCCGUCACACGACCUCCUGCCGAGGAUGAACGCCUAUGGCGAUGCCACCGAGCGUCCGCUGGACUUCGAUUGGUGCCUGACCCCGAACGGAAGGAGCUACUGCACCGCCGUCUUGAACCAGCACAUCCCCCAGUACUGCGGCUCCUGCUGGGCGCACGGCGCCACGUCCGCCCUCGCCGACCGGAUCAAGAUCGCCCGAGGUGGCGAGGGGACCGACAUACUCCUGUCGGUCCAGCACGUACUCAACUGCAUCCAGGGCGAUAAGGCCUCGUUCCAGGGCUCGUGCUGGGGCGGCUACUCUUCCGGCGCUCACUAUCUCUCCCGUCCCCUCGCUCCUUCGGUUCCCUGCGCCCCCUCCGCACUCCGCGGCUCGAGGGCGCCAAGCACGCCACGCCAGCGCGGUGCGCGGUGCGCGCAGUCCAGAAGGGGCCACAAGAGAAGCGCGUACCCUACCACCCAUACCUUGGCAAUCUUCCAAGCUUCAGCGUACACAAGGCACGGUGGCAGAUCUGCCUGUUUCUUUACCGCACUUGUCCAGCCUACCGCGUGUUUGUGGUCUCGGUGGUCCGUCGAACUACCUCGGCCAUGA